GGGCUGUGUCCACUCUGCCCUCCUCCAGCCCGAGCAGCCUCCUAAGAAGAUGGCAGCAGUCCUGAUUCUCCUGACCUUUCUUCUGCCUCUUGGAGCUGGUGCAGAGGAGAUCAUCGGGGGCCAUGAGGUCAAGCCCCACUCCCGCCCCUACAUGGCAUUUAUUGUAUUUGUGAAUGAUGAUGGCAAACGUGAUGGCUGUGGAGGCUUCCUGGUGAAAGACAACUUUGUGCUGACAGCUGCUCACUGCAUGGGAAGUGCAAUGAACAUCACUCUAGGAGCCCACGACAUCAGCAUCCAGGAGGAGACCCAGCAGAUCAUCCCUGUGGCAGAUGCCAUCCCACACCCAGACUACAAUCCUAAGGCUGGCUCCAGUGACAUCAUGCUCUUAAAGCUGGAGAGGAAGGCCAAGAGGACUAGAACUGUGAAGCCCCUCAACCUGCCCAGGCGUAAUGUCCAAGUGAAGCCAGGGGACGUGUGCUAUGUGGCUGGUUGGGGAACGAUGGACCCAAAAGGUGACUAUUCAAACACACUUCAAGAGGUAGAGCUGACAGUCCAGAAGGAUAAGAAGUGUGAGUCCCGCUUUCCACGUCGUUACAACAAAGCCAUUCAGAUCUGUGUGGGGGACCCAAAGAUCAAUCGUACUGCUUCUAGUGGGGAUUCUGGAGGACCUCUCGUGUGUAAAAAAGCAGCUGCAGGCAUUGCCUCCCUUGGGGACAAAAAUGAUUCAGCUCCAUCUGUCUUCACCAGAGUGUCAAGUUUCCUAUCCUGGAUAAAGAAAACUAUGAAUCGUAGCUAACUACAGAGCAAACCAGAUCUCUCCCGGAGUCAUCAUCUUCCCUAAGGCAGAGUCCAGGAUUGUCUUAGGACAGACGCCGGCAUCUCAAUAAAGGUCUCUUUGCAGAA